AUGUACAAUCAGAGCUUGAUGCUACAGAAACAGAAAGCGACGCAGCCUACCACAAAACCUAAAUCUAGCAAUGAAACUAUGGAGGAGAAAGGGUUUUCUCUUCUUCAUAUUAGCUCAGAUAUGGUUCAGGGGAUUAAUUCAUCCGAGAAGAUGGGUGGAGGUGAAGGGAUUAAGACGAAUGCAACCGUAAUAUGUGCACCGAUAAUGGCGGAUACGGUGGAUCAGAUGUUGAUUCAAAUGAAUUCAGCGAAAUCAUAUGGUGCUGACCUCGUACUGAAGAGGGAAAAUCGCCAAGGUGCUCUCAUUCCAAUGGCAAUGGACACCUUUCGAACUGAUUUGCUACUCCUCGCAAGUACAAACAUUGAUGGUGUUUGCUAUAUUGAGACUGCAAAUCUUGAUGGUGAAACAAAUCUUAUGAUCAGUAAAGCUUUAGAGAAGACAUGGGAUUAUUUGACUCCUGAGAAAGCCUCCGAAAUUAAAGGUAAUGAUGAAUUCCAUGAAUGUUCAUUCCAAGAGGAAUACACUGGAGAGGAAACUUGA